AUGGCGGGCGCCACCUUGGAUUGGGCUGAUAAGCCAACUGCCGAUCUGGCCAUGUCCUCCGACGAGGAGGACUCUGCUUCCAGCAAAAGCACCACCUCAAUGGAACCCGAAUCUGGCGCCAAAGCGGAUCUCACCCUGGACCUGAGGAAGUUAAGCUUGAAGCAAGAGGUCGCGAACCAAGCUACCGAGCAGGUGUCCCCAUCAACUCCCCGCCCCAGUCAGACCCCACUCCAGCCCGAAGCGGCACAGCCACUGCAGUUACUGGGCCUGCCCUUGGAUGUCUUGAAGGAGAUUAUCAAGGAGGUCACGCAUACCAAUGACUUAACCUCGCUCGCCCUAACAUGCUCUGCCCUCCAUGCCCUAGCUAUCCCGCACAUGUACUCGCGUUUCGACAUCGUCUGGCCUGAAUCUCUGAACCCACCAGUUGACGACUACUCGGGAGUGGAUGCACUGUCAUACGGCUUGUCUACCUUGGUUAUGGGCGAGGAUGUGUUUAAUCGAUCGCCUCUACAUCAGCACGGCAAAUCCAAGAGCUGCCAAAACUGUGGUUGCGACAAGUCCCACCAUGGCCCGGAGACGAGACUGGACGACCUGGACGACAGCGGAGCUAGAUUCCGAUCUCGUAGAGGCAAUCAUUACGCCCAAUACACUCGCACGUUCUCCAUUGGAAAUGGCCCAAUCAGCUGGGUACAAGAGUACUCAGUGACCAAAGAAGUCGGCAAGAUGCUCGGAACAUUGGUAGCCUUGGCAGUUGCGCGAAUGGUGAAUCUUGAAGCCUUUAUCUGGGACAUGCCGACAGGGGUGGUUCGUGAGAUUUGGCUCGCGCUUGCAUCGCUAGCAGACCGGCCAGGCCAUGACUGUCGCUUGGAGCGGAUUUGGGUGCGUUGGCAUGAUAAUUCAGAAAAUGCCUUGCGCAGUUCGUCGGCCGCAGCAACACGAUUGUUUCAUAAGUACAAACACGUGGAGCACCCUUCGUUGUCUGUAUUGCCUCCGCUCAAGAGUGUCGCUGUUCUUGACAUAGAUGAACCCGCUUAUGUGGAGGAACUGGCACUUCUCAUUGAGAAAUCGCGCCAUUGUCUGACAGAAUUGCGGAUUGGCAUUGCGGAUCAAGCGCACCUGAAGCCUUGGCUGCUUUGCGGCAAGGAUUCCGAGGGCCCACCAAGUUGGCCUAGAACAAAUGGCAUACUAGGCAUCUUAACACGACAGCAACCGCUCAGUGCGAAAGAAAACACUACCGUCGCGUAUCCCGAACAAGUUUCAACACCAUCAGAGAAUCUGGUGAAUGCCACACCCAGAUCACUUGAUAGUAGUGACAACAGCGAAGAAAAGACUUUGGGCAUCGAGCAAUCGCACGCAAGUACUCUAGAUGACAAGAAGAGCCCACCAGGCUCCGAUUCACCAAGUCGAAACCAUCGUGCACCCACCCCUUUCUCUAGUUUCAACUCUGAGAUGCUCAGUCUGAAAGUCCUUGAGCUCGAACGUGUACCGCUCUCUGUGUCAACUUUGCUGCCAGCCAUCGAUUGGACUAAAUUGACAACGCUCACCAUAAUGCGAUGCGAGGACAAUGAAAAGCUAUGGAGGGCUUUGCGACGAAAAUAUGCUCCUCCCGUGAUGUCAACAAAACGUACUGCUCCUGCUGGACAUCGAGAGAAUGUAGCGCUAUCCGACUUCUCAUUGAAUUUGAAACAUAUUCGCACCGACACUGUUUCACCAUAUCUCAUGCUCUUUAUCAAAGAUGCACUCGCUCCAAACACGCUGGAGAGCGUUCUUCUGCAUGAGGCUCCUGGUUACGAAUCAUCCGUCCAAAUUGAAGCCAUCUACCGCCAUAUUCUGCGGAGACAUCGUCAGAGUCUGCGAAAAGUUCUGAUCGACGCCACUGAUCGCGCAAAUCCUUCCAGCACACGAUCACACAAGUGGAUGCUCAAUCAUGACAUGAUUGGAUUCGUCACCAGUGGAAAGAUGCUUCAGCUCAAGGAGCUAGGAAUGGCGAUGCACUACCGAGACUGGCAUUAUUUCCUCCAAAGACUGCCUAGCAUGCCCCAGCUCCGAGCGCUGUACCUCCCCCACAUCCAUCACACAGUUCAUCGCGAUCUCAAAGAACUGGCUCUCCAGGUGCUGGAUAUCGUCAGCAUUCGUCCAGAUCUCAAAAUCGCUUACAUCGGCCUGCAAACGAAAUGCUAUCAAAUCCUUGAAGCAAGAAGCGACGAUAACCCCUUGGACUUCGAUGAUAAUCCCACUGCGGAUCAAUCUCCACCGCAUAGCGAUGACGAAGAAGAAGGCUGGGUCAGCCCUCAACAGAACCAUGACACGGACGAUAGCGAAGAUGACGAUGGAGGCACAGCGGGGGAUAAUCUCAACUCCAGCGAUCCAGAUGACUACGACUCGGAGGCGGAUGAAGAGCAGAGCGCCUCGCGGAUCAGGUACCGAUUGCAACAGAUUCUAUUUUAUGACGAAAAAGUAUCCAUUUUCAAAGCGCGACACGGGGUUCUGUGA